AUGGGUCUCGUUCAAGAGAUCGCGGGACCGUUGUCCCAGCAGUUCCAAUCUCUUGGUACUGGCUCGCAGGUCGCCGUCGCCUUUGGUGCCUUUCUGGUCGUCUCCGUCGUCCUCAAUGUCCUCUCUCAGAUCCUCUUCAAGAACCCCAACGAGCCCCCUGUGGUUUUCCAUUUGUUCCCCUUCAUCGGCAGCACCAUCACAUACGGCAAGAACCCUCCCGCCUUCUUCGUCGCCAACCGCAAAAAGUAUGGCGAUAUCUUCACCUUCAUCCUUCUCGGCAAGAAGACCACUGUCGCUGUCGGACCCCAGGGCAACGACUUCAUUCUCAACGGCAAGCUCAAGGACGUGUCCGCCGAAGAGAUCUACACCGUUUUGACCACUCCCGUUUUCGGACGCGACGUUGUCUACGACUGCCCCAACUCUAAGCUGAUGGAGCAGAAGAAGUUCAUGAAGAUCGCCCUGACCACUGAGGCUUUCCGCUCCUACGUCCCCAUCAUCGCCGACGAAGUCACCAACUAUUUCAAGCGCAGUGCCGACUUCAAGGGCAAGUCUGGCGUCGUCAACAUGCCCCCCAAGGUUGCCGAGGUCACUAUUUUCACCGCCUCUCAUGCUCUGCAGGGCGCCGAGAUCCGCAACAAGUUCGACGAGUCCCUCGCUGCUCUUUACCACGACCUCGACAUGGGCUUCACGCCCAUCAACUUCGUUCUGCACUGGGCUCCUCUUCCCUGGAACAAGAAGCGCGACCAGGCCCAGCGCACCGUUGCUCAGAUCUACAUGGAUACCAUUCAGGACCGCCGCAACAACGGUCGCACUGAUGGCCUUGACAUCAUGUCCCACCUGAUGAACUCGACCUACAAGGAUGGCACCAAGGUCCCCGACCACGAGAUUGCUCACAUGAUGAUUGCUCUUCUCAUGGCUGGCCAGCACUCCUCUUCUUCCACCGCCUCUUGGAUUAUGCUUCGUCUCGCCCAGUACCCCCACAUCAUGGAGGAGCUCUACCAGGAGCAAGUCCGCGUUCUCGGUGCCGAUCUGCCUCCCCUGACGUACGAGGAUCUCGCCAAGUUGCCCCUCAACCAGGCCAUCAUCAAGGAGACCCUCCGCCUGCACGCUCCCAUCAACUCGAUCUUGCGCGCCGUCAAGUCUCCCAUGCCCGUUCCCGGAACCAAGUAUGUCAUUCCGACUACCCACAACGUCCUCGCCGCCCCUGGUGUCUCCGCCACCGACCCCACCUUCUUCCCUCAGCCCGAAGUUUGGGACCCCCACCGCUGGGAGACCGACUCUCCCAACGCCCCCAGGAUCGCCCGCAACGAUGCCGACGAGGAGGAGAAGAUCGAUUACGGUUAUGGUCUGGUCAGCAAGGGUGCCGCAUCACCCUACCUGCCCUUCGGCGCCGGCCGUCACCGCUGCAUCGGCGAACACUUUGCCAACGCACAGCUGCAGACCAUCACCGCUACGGUGGUCAGACUCUUCAAGUUCCGUAACCCCGACGGCAGCGACAGUCUCAACGACACCGAUUAUGCCUCGCUAUUCACGCGGCCCUUGGAACCCGCCAACAUCUACUGGGAGAAGCGCAACCCUUAA